AUGUCAAAUUCCGGCGAAACAUCUAAAAUUAGGGUUUCCCGAGGAAAAGGUAAGAUCAGUUAUCACUAUAAAGAUAUCCGUUGUCCUGACUGCGGCUUUACCGAAUGGAGGGGCUGUCUGCAUCACCAAUACAUCUGCCACCCUAAGAAAGCCCGCGACGAGGCGACCGUCGACGAUGAAGCAUCGGCCGAAGCAGCCGCCGCUGCCAAGGCAGACGUCGACGAUGAAGCAUCGGACAAAGAAGCCGCCGCCGCCAGGGCAGCCUUCGUCGAUGAAGCAUUGGCCAAGGCGUCCGCCAUCCUCAAGGCAUCGGCCGCUGCGGUUGCCGAAGCCGAGAUAGCCGCCAGCGCGGCAGCCGACAAUUUAGCAGCCGCUAGAUUAGCCGAACGAUUAGACAGGGAACGGGUAGCCGCCCUGGAGGCCGUACUUAAAAAAGCAUCUGCCGUACCUACCGUCGAGUUAGCCGCCGUCGAGAGAGUCGUCAAGGUAUUAACCGCCGAGCCACCAAAAACGGAACCGAUGGAGGGAUUGACGAGCGAAGAAUAUUUCGUGUAUUUAGAACGCAGGAAAGAAGAAGCCGACAAGAAAGAAGCCGUAAGGACAGCCUCCAUCAAGGCAAAAUUUGAUGUGGGAUUGUCGGAGUCGGAGAUGCCGUCGGAUACCGGAUCUGAAAUAGAUAAAUGGAUAAAGUACUACAAGAUGAUGCACUACACCCGGGGUUUUGGCGUCAAAUGGGUUCCUGAUAAUAACCUCAAUGCACCAAUCUUACCUUGUAAAUUCAGAGAAGAUGAUAACCUCACAAUCAGAGCUGAGAUCAAUGAGCUCAUCCAGGAUUGCAUUCAUUGGUACAACUCCAACCGUGAGCAGAAAUAUAGGUAUGAUGGGAGGAAUGUUAAGAACGUUUCUUUUGAGGCUACAUUUUAUCAUACAAAGUAUCAUAUUACCUUCACUGCUGCUUCAGUUGACGAUCCCAACAUUGAGAAAAGCUUUGUUGGUUACUGUAUUGUUCGUGAGCCCCCUCCUUUUCGUUGUAGAUAUGGUCCUUUCAGUUGGCGUCCUUAUGCAAGGAGUUUGCGUUUGAAUAGAGGUGUGAGAAUUAGUGCGGAGGACAAGGAUCAGAAGGAGGACAGGGAUCGUAAAAGUGACACUAAGGCGGGUGGUGUGGGUGUGGGUCGUGUGGAGGACAAGGUUCAGGAGGAGGAGAAGGAUCAGAAGGAGGACAAGGAUUAUGAGGGUGAGGUUGAGGGCGUGGAUGUGGACGACAAGGUUAAGGAGGAGGAGGAGAAGGAUCAGAAGGAGGACAAGGAUCAUGAGGGUGAGGUUGAGGGCGUGGAUGUGGACGACAAGGUUAAGGAGGAGGAGGAUCAGAAGGGUGAGGGUUGUGGUCGUGUUGAUCUUGCUCUAACGGCGAAGCAGAUUAAUCUAUCCGUGAAGCAUAAUGAAGUGAGGUUUUGCUUGCCCGGUGAUUGUGAGCCAGUUCUUACACGGGAUAAGAAGCCGUGUAUAUUGCCUUGCUGUAGUCCGUAUUUCAGCUACCGUAAGAGACUAGGACUUAACUCCUUCAGCGAAUACAUCAACAAGUGCUUGAAAGAUGAAGCGACUUCAACGAGCCCCUUUAAUAUGAUGAUGCGGAGAACUUGA